GCCCAGCCCGGCCCUUCCAAGGCCCCAGCGGAGCCACCCCCGGCCCAGCCGCCCCCGGAGGAGCCCAAGGAGCCCAAGAAGGAAAGUGGGAGCAGCCGUGACCGUCGCCGCCGCAGCCGCAGCCGCGAUCGCCGGAGCCGCCACCGGAGCCGGAGUCGGGAGCGGAGGCGGAGCCGGAGCCGGGAGAGGAGGAGCCGGGAGGAGAGGAAGCUGUUCCCAGCUGUUUUGGGUGUCCCCAGGGAGCCCCUGGGCUCGCUGAGCCCCGAGGAGAGGGACGCCAGGACCGUGUUCUGCAUGCAGCUGGCGGCCAGGAUCCGGCCCCGGGACCUCGAGGAUUUCUUCUCUGCCGUGGGCAAGGUGAGAGGGGGGGGAAAAUUCCCAAAAAUCCGGGAAAAAUACGGGAAAAGCAUUUCCUUCAUUUUUUGGUGGAUUCUCCCCGUUUUUUUUUUUACCUGUGCUCACCUGUGCUCACCUGUGCACACCUGUCCCCCCCCCCAGGCCGAGAAGAACCGGCUGGCGGCCAUGGCGGCGCCCCUGCAGAAGGGCUCGGGCGGCCCCUUGCGGCUCUACGUGGGCUCCCUGCACUGCAACAUCACCAAGGACAUGCUGAGGGGCAUCUUCGAGCCCUUCGGAAAGAUCGACAACAUCGUCCUGAUGAGAGACCCGGACACGGGACAGUCCAAGGGCUACGGCUUCAUCACGUUCUCGGAGGCCGAGUGCGCUCGCCGGGCGCUGACUCAGCUCAAUGGUUUCGAGCUGGCCGGGCGCCCCAUGCGCCUGGGCCAGGUGAGCGAGAGGCCGGACGGCGGAAGUGACGUCACUUUCCCCGAGGGCCCCGCCCCCAACGCACCUGGAGCAGGUCUGGGGACGGCGGCCGGGAGGCUGCAGCUGAUGGCAAAGCUGGCUGAAGGCUCGGGGCUGCAGCUCCCCGCCCCCGCCCAGGCCGCUCUGCAGCAGCUGAACGGG